UUUUCUCAAAAGCGUUUUUUUCUGGCCAACAAUUUCUAAAAUUUUUAGUUUUGCAAAAAAAUGUGUGAAAAUGAAAUAAAUAGCAAAGUUUUGUGUGUGUAGCAAUAAGCAGUGAUAUUAAGCUUAAAGUCUAGCUAGUUAGUGUUGAGCCAAAGUUAGUAUUAAAGCGCUUAGAAUGAGCCGCAUUCAGUGGCGCCUGAGAGAGUUUCCAAAGAAAUUAGUUAAUUGCAUUCGCUUCCGGUACCACUACUCGCUACAAUGCAUCCGUUCUCUCACGUACAACCACCACAUGAGCCAGUCCUACGCGUCGGACGUUUGCCUGGAGCCGAUCUUUUGGUUCGUGGAUAACUUCACCCAUCUACUUGGACCGUUCUUCGUAUUCGCCGUGGUUUGCCUAACGGCCGCAGUGGUCAUCAUUUGCUACUGGAUCGGACUGCCCUACUGGUGGAAGAAGAGCCCCAACACAACCUACUUUCUGCUGCUGGUGGGCAACUGGUUGCUAGUCAAUGUGGCGUGGAACUUUUACAAGGCGGCUGCGACGUCACCCGGAUAUCCUCCGGAGAAAGAACUGAUCGUAGAAGCCGUAAGCAUCUGCAAAAAAUGCAUCGCCCCGAAACCUCCGCGAACGCAUCAUUGCUCGGUGUGCAAUCGGUGCGUUCUCAAGAUGGAUCAUCACUGCCCUUGGCUCAAUAAUUGCGUAGGAUAUGGCAAUCAUCGGUACUUUUUCCUCUACAUGCUGUACACAACGGUGGGGGUGUUGUUCAUCAUCGUGUUUGGUUUCGAGUUAGGGUACAACGUACUUAUCGUGGGCGAUGGAAUAGGAUGGAACGAGGUGGAACCGCUGCAUGGCCAUCCAGUUCGGUUCAAUUUGUCUGGCCACAUCAUUCCGGUGACUGAAAUGAAUGACUACGAGGACGAUGGGUUGGCGCCCGCCCAACAUGAUCUCCCCAUACCUCAGGAAUACAGCAGCAAUGCGGCAAAGCAUCGAGCCAUCAUAUUCAUGGCCCUGAUCAACGUGGCUACCUUGUUUGCCCUCGGAGCUCUCACCUCGUGGCACAGCUCUCUAAUCACGCGGGGCGAAACCAGUAUUGAGGCACACAUCAACAAGUCGGAAACGAAACGGCUCUCUGCGCUAGGGAAAACCUACCGGAAUCCGUACGAUUUCGGUCCCCGGCGAAAUUGGAGAAUUUUCCUCGGUUUGGUUCGCAAACGGACCUGGUGGCGACAUAUAUUGCUGCCGUCGGGUCACAAACCCGAGGGAAACGGGCUAACCUGGCUGACGGUAAGCGAUUUCGUGGCGAUAGAUGGCACCGAAGAUGAGUGGCCGUAGCUCUACAGUCUAAAAUAUUGGACAUCGGUAAAUGUGAAGUGAUAUCUGAACAAUUCCAGUUUGAAAACGACUAGUCUUACCACUCGAAAGAGUAAGCAUUUCUUAGGCGUAGAAGAUAAGGUGAGUAAAACACUUAGAGCUAAA